AUGUCGUGGUUGCAGUCCCUCUUCCAAUUUUUAUUCCUUCUCUACAUUUUCAUCAAUGGGUUUUCUGCGAAUCAUCCCAUAUUCGUGGCCGCCAAUAGAUCAUCUGCAGUUCACUUCGAGAUGAUCCACAGACAUGAUCCAACGGUUUUGGGUGAGAAAAUCUUAAAUCGCUCCGAAAGCAUCAAGGAGCUCUUUCACGUCGAUAAACGUCGCAUGGAGAUGAUUGUCGCCCACUACAAUACAUUACCAAUGGAGAGGAGGAGGACAACUCAAGUGAAAGGGGUGAAAAAAGGUGUUGGAAGAACAUCUCAUGGGAAUGGGAAAGGUGUGAAAGGUGUGAAAAAAGUUGGUGUUCUUGGGAGGGACAACUCUUCUUUCUCCCUCCCAAUUAGGUCUGGUUCCUAUGCUCACUUGGGUUCCUACUUUGUGUCUCUCAAAGUAGGAACACCAGCUCAGAUAUUCCUAUUGGUAGUAGAUACAGGGAGCAGCCUCACCUGGAUGGAUUGCAAAGUCAAAUGUCUUGAUCCCAAACAAGGAACUUAUUGCAAUAGAAAAGUGAACCCAAAGAAGAGAAUCUUCCAUUCGGAACGUUCUAGAACAUUCCGAACCGUACCAUGUUCUAGUAAUAUGUGUCGUCAAAAUUUUACCCAGCUCAUGUCUGUGAUGGAGUGUCCGACGGCGAAAUCCCCAUGCGCAUAUCAAUACAAUUACGUCGACGGGAUGUCAAAGGGAAUCUUCGCCUACGACUCAGUGACUGUCACCCUAUCCAAUGGUCAAAAGAAGAAGAUCCAUGAUAUGUUGAUUGGAUGCAAUCAAGUGUGGAAAACAAGCAAUCCGAUUGGUUUAAGCAAUGGUGAUGGAAUCAUGGGUUUGGGUUUCAAUACACAUUCCUUUGGUCCUAGAGUAUUUGAUGACUUCCAUGGAAAAUUCUCCUAUUGUUUGAUGGACCGGUUUAGUGACAAACGUGUGACCAAUUAUCUCACCUUCGGCAAUCGCCGCCGCGAAGAGAUGCCAUCGAACAUGAAAUUCACCGAACUUGGCCUCGUUGGAGACUUUUACGCCGUCCAAGUGACCGGAAUCUAUGUAGAUGGAGUGAAGCUGAACAUCCCGGCCGAAAUUUGGAACUUUGACAAGGGAAGUGGUAUGAUAAUAGACUCCGGUUUUACCUUAACCUCAUGGGUUAGAGAAGCGUAUGAACCCAUUAUGAACGCCCUUGAGAAACCAUUGCUUAAGCACUUUCGUAAGGUAAAUAAUGAAAAUUUUGACUCUUGCUUCAGUGUGAUUAACACUGACAAGAUGGGCAACGAGGUGGCAAUCGAUGAGUCGUUGAUUCCUAAGUUUGAAAUUGAGUUCAAGUUUGGGGUUCGAUUUAAGGCACCGGUGAAGAGCUAUUUUAUUUACGUAGACGAAAAUGUGAAUUGUAUUGGAUUUGUUAAGUCACCAGACAGAGACGAGAGUGGGUCCCACGAUUACUUUUCUAUCCUUGGAAACGUAAUGCAACAGAAUCAUAUGUGGGAGUUUAAUCCAUUUACCAAUCAACUCGGAUUUGCACCUUCUACUUGUGAGCUUCGCCAUCACCAUGCGUAG